CUCUUCCAGAUGAUUACGAUCUACCCUAACCUAAAUCAAGUUAAGAUUUGUCAAUUACGUGGAAAAAUUGUAUCUUGCUGUACCCAUUUAUAUAAAUUGUUGAAAGGUGUUAAAUACUGACUGACAUGGUGUUUAUAAAGUGAUUUAUUUUGCAUCGUUUUAUUUUUUAAUGUGAAACGUAAAUAAAUACGAAUACCAACAGUUUUACGUUGAUGAAAUGGAGUGAUUACAAAUAUAUUAUAUAAAAAGAAAUAGAAAAUUAUGUUAUUUCCUGUAUACUGGUGAUAUCGGCAGUAUUUCUGGAAGAAAGUGGGUAACAUUAGAAACUAAUUUAUUGAAAUGAUGAUGGAGUUGAGUCAUAGUUUGACUCUCAAUGAGGAUGCUCUUAAUCAAAUCCCAGAAGCUAAGAGGCCAGUUUUUAUAUUUGAAUGGUUACGUUUCUUGGAUAAAGUUUUAAUAGCUGCACAAAAGAGUGAUAUUAAGGGAUGUCAGCAAAAGCUAGUAGAACAAUUAACCAAACACAUGCAAGGAGCUCCUGGGCCUCCUACACGAAGACUUAUUGCAAGAUGUCUUGCAACUUUAUUUAGUGUUGGUGAUACAUUUUUGCUUUUUGAUACUGUUAAUAAGUGUAAUGAUAUUCUUAGAAAUAAAGAUGAUUCUCCAAGCUUCCUCCCAACAAAAUUAGCUGCUAUAUGUUGUGUGGGAUGCAUGUAUGAAAAAUUAGGAAGAAUGAUGGGCAGGUCAUAUGAAGAAACUGUACAAAUAUUAAUAAAGUCUUUACGUUCUGCAGAGUCACAAACUCGAAUAGAAAUUAUGCAUACUCUAGAAAAGGUUUGUGCUGGCAUGGGAUCUGCAAUUACAAAUGUUCAUAAAGAAAUAUAUAAAGUUUCUAGACAUUAUCUUACAGAUAGGGUAAUGGCUGUAAGAUGUGCUGCUGCAAAGUGUUUAUUAGAAAUGUUAAAUCAUGCAUCAUUUUUAUAUACUACUGAAAUAGAAAGUGUUGCUACACUUUGUUUCCGAGCAUUUGAAGGUUCAAACUAUGAAGUACGAUGUGCUGUUGCAAAAUUACUUGGUACAUUGGUGGCAAUGACUCAGCUUCCAGCUCCAAAAGGAAAAAGUCCUUCAGUUACACAAAAUAAAAAUUGUAAACAAAUCUCACUUGACGAAGUCUUGAAUAUUUUAAUGUCCGGAUUUUUAAGAGGUGGAGUAGGUUUUUUGAAGGGUACUGGAGAAAUAAUAAAAGGAAAUUCUAGUGUUAACAGAGAAGUUCGAGUUGGAGUCACACAUGCAUAUGUUGUAUUUGUUCAAAUGUUAGGAGGAUCAUGGCUUGAACGCAAUGUUGGUACAUUAGUUGCACAUGUACUUGAUCUUGUAACGAAUCCAAAAGCAGCAAGCUCACAUGUUGAUGCUGUCUAUUCUAGAAAAUGUGUUAACUUUAUAUUACACGGUACUGUAGGGAAAUUAUUAGGAGAAGGGGCUCAAGCUGCUGCAUGUAAAGAAAUAGCCUACAUUAUUUUGAAACAGAUGAAUUCUAUUGAUUUUAGUCCAGAAAACGCAAAGGACUGUAACCAAGAAACAUUAUUCAGUCAACAUUUAUUAGUUUGUGCACUGCAAGAAAUGGGAAAUUUGAUCUUAGGAUUGGGUACAACAGCUUGUAAUUUAUUGUCCGAUCAAUCUUUGAAUUUAAUUGAUACCAUUAUGGCUGUUUUGAUUCAUCCAUGUCAAGCAGCUAGACUUGCAGCUUCGUGGUGUUUACGUUGCAUUUGUGUAGCAGUACCAAGUCAGAUAACACCUCUAAUUGAUCGUUGUGUAGAUGGAAUAGAAAAUAUGCGUAGUUCACCAGAAGCAAUAGCUGGAUAUAGUAGUGCAUUGGCUGCAGUUCUCGGUAGCGUUCGUUUAUCGCCACUUGGAGUUCCACAUACAAAAGGAAAAAUUAUAUUUAAUACUGCAGAAGAACUUUUGAGAAGCGCAAGUCAAAACAGUCGUUUAUCGUUAAACAGAACACAUGCUGGAUGGCUUCUAAUUGGAGCUAUAAUGACUCUUGGAACGGCGGUGGUAAAAGGGUUAUUACCUAGAAUGUUGUUAUUAUGGAGAAAUUCUUUUCCUCGUUCAAAUAAAGAACUCGAAAGUGAAAAGGCUAGAGGUGACGCUUUUACAUGGCAAGUGACUUUAGAAGGUCGAGCUGGUGCAUUAUCUGCGAUGCAUAGUUUCUUGUUACAUUGCCCCGAACUUUUAAACGAUGAUAUUACGAGACGGCUUCUAACACCAAUUGAAUCUGCAUUGGCAAUGUUAACGAAUUUAUCACCUGUAUUGAAAAAUUAUGGUCAACAAUUAAAGGCUCCAGCUGCUAUGGUUCGUUUGCGUUUAUAUGAGACACUAUUAUUAUUACCACCUCAAACUUUUGAAGGUUCUUAUACACAUCUCUUAAGGAUGUUGGUAUCAGAGUUUACAUUAACUGAAAAUCCUGGAAAUACUACAACUUCAUUAUUGCGUGCAGUUUGUCAUGCCAAUGAUUCUGUAAUCCUUGGUACAUGGUUACAAGAAACUGAUCAUCGUACAAUUGAAGAUCAAAUGGAACCAAACAGAAGGGCAGAUUUGGAACAUCUGCAACCAAAUAGCGCUGCAGGGUCUGGAGCUUUGGAACACAAUCCAUGUUGUCUUUAUAGACCUGUACCACAAGACGAUAUAAUUCCUGGACCUUUGCCUUUGGGAGUUGCAGUCAUUGAUCUCUCUGUAUCUCUGUUUGGUCAGAUCUUCCCACGUGUAGCAAAUAAGCAUAGAUUGCAAAUGUUAGAUCAUUUCAGUGAAUGUAUAAAACAUACAAAAUCUGGUAGACAAGAAGCAAUACAGAUGAACGUUUUUACGGCUGUGCUAAGCGGAUUAAAGGGACUGAAUGAAGCAAAAACUGGCUUUGGUCAAGAAGAUGUUAAGAAAUCUGCGACUAAUCUCAUUAUUAGUGCUUUGGUAAGUAGUAAUUCGAUACUAAGAUGGGCAGCUGGAGAAGCUGUUGGAAGAAUGGCUCAAGUUAUUUCUGAUCCCAAAUUUACGGCGGAAUUAGCACAAACAAGUUUUGACCGCUUAAAAUCUGCUCGCGAUGUUGCUAGUAGAACUGGUCAUUCUUUAGCGUUAGGGUGUCUUCAUAAAUACGUGGGUGGGAUGGGAUCUAGCCAACAUCUGAAUACAAGUGUCAGUAUUUUACUCGCACUUGCUCAAGAUAAUUCAUCUCCAGUAGUACAAGUAUGGGCAUUGCAUGCUCUUGCACUUAUAGCUGAUUCUGGUGGACCAAUGUUUCGAGGCUAUGUUGAACCUACAUUAUCUUUAGCAUUGACUCUUCUUCUUAACGUUCCUCAUUCUUAUAUUGAUGUACAUCAGUGUAUAGGAAAAGUAUUAUCAGCUCUUAUCACAACAAUAGGGCCAGAAUUACAAGGCAAUACAUCAACGAUUUGUAUGGCACGUUCAUCGUUUUUAUGUGCUUGUGCAAUUAUGCAAGAUCAUCAAGACCCUCUUGUACAGGCAGAAGCUACAGGAUGUCUUCAGCAACUACAUUUAUUUGCACCAAGACAUGUUAACUUAUCUUCUCUGGUUCCUACACUAUGUCGAACUUUAUCAAGCAAUCAUUUGCUUCUACGUAAAGCUGCAAUCUCUUGCCUUCGACAAUUGGCUCAACGCGAAGCGAAAGAAGUAUGCGAACAUGCAAUGACAUUAGCUAACGAAAGUCGAGAUACUAAUAUAGUAGAAGGUCUUGUUAUAACAGAAACUGGUCUACCGGGGGUCUUGUUUAGUAUGUUAGACACAGAAACUGAUAGCAAAUUAAUUAAAGACAUUCAUGACACGCUAACGAGUAUGCUGCAAAUUUUAGCAGCAGAUCAUCUAUCUCAAUGGUUGUCCUUAUGUAAAGAUGUUCUUACAAUAGCUUCAGAAACAUGUAAUAAUGAAGAAGGAAAUACUAUUGACGUCGAAGAUAGUACUACGGAUACUGAUAAUGCAGAUACAGAAGGAGAUGAUGAUCAAGCUGAAUUUCAUGCAGACGAAUCUACAAAACAACGGCCAACUAUUACGCCAAGGUGGCCAACUAGAGUAUUUGCAGCACAGUGUGUUAGAAAAAUUGUCGCUGCUUGUGUAAAUAAUAAACAAGCGCACUUUGAUCUUAUCUUAGCGAAAGAGAUGCAAACAUCUAAGGGAAAAAGCGACUUUCUAGUAUUACAUCUUUCCGAUUUAGUACGGAUGGCAUUUAUGGCCGCGACAAGUGAUUGUGAUCCUCUUCGGCUUGAAGGAUUGAAAACGUUACAAGAAAUCAUAGAUAAAUUUGCCAAAGUUCCUGAACCAGAAUUUCCUGGACAUUUGUUACUUGAACAGUUCCAAGCACAAGUUGGAGCUGCGUUGAGACCUGCAUUUUCAGCAGAAACAGCAUCUCAUGUUACAGCUGCAGCAUGCGAGGCAUGUAGUGCUUGGAUUGGAAGCGGAGUUGCUAGGGAUCUCAAUGAUCUUCGUAGAGUACAUCAGCUACUAGUAUCUUCUCUAGAAAAAUUAAGGGAAGGACAUACACGACCACAACUUUAUAACGAAAGUUUGUUAACACUUGAAAGAUUAGCGAUUUUGAAAGCUUGGGCAGAGGUGUAUGUAGUUGCUAUGGUAAAAGAUGGUUCUGCAUUAAACAGUAAAGACACAUUCAAUCAAAAUUCGAAUCAAAUUGAUGAUGACAAUUGUGAAGAUUUUGGGAAAUUUGAAUUUCAAACUGAAAGUUUAUUAAGCUUAGUGCAACCAGAGUUAUUAAGUUUAAGUCAAUAUUGGCUAGCUGCCUUGAGAGAUCACGCAUUACUUUCCUUACCUCCAGAAUUUUCCAGCCAACUACCUCAUGAUGGUGGAGCUUUUUACACAACAGAUACAAUGGAAUCUGCUCGACCUCAUUAUGCUGAAUCAUGGGCACCAAUUUUACAUGCUGCAACACUUUGGCUUAAUGCAAAAGGAUUUGGAUUAGAAGAGAGUAAAAAUGAAGUGGAAGCAUCAAACGCAACUAAUAAUAAUAAUAAUAACAAUAAUAAUAACAGUGAUGUCUCUACUAAUAAUACUACGAAUGUUGAACGUUUCCAUUUAUUAUUUGGUAUAUGUAUGGAAGCAUUAUGCAGCCCUCGUGCUUCGGAGUCAACUCAAAAUACAGAAACAUGUUUAAAUGCAUUGUACACUUUAUUAGAUUCUACUUGGGCUCGUAAAGUUUUAAGUACAGACCGUUCAUUACCGAUUGAAUUAUGUAAUGUUCUUCACAGGAUGCUUUUAACAAGAGAAAGUUUCGUAAUACAAAUGAUAGUAAUGGAAGUUUUGAAACAAAUAAUGAAAGCAGCACAGGAAGAUUUGACAGAGAGAAAGAAAUCUAAAUUGGAAGAAAUAGCACCAGCACAUGAAGAAAGCAAUGAAACUCAACAUGUAGAUUUACUAGGGGAAGGAGAAGAAAAUGGUGAACUUAAUCCUGGAAAGUCAUUAGUAUUUGCUAUUCUGGAAGUGUGUUUGUGUCUUUUAGUCCGACAAAUCCCAGCACUAAAUCCUAAUCCUGAUGGAACAACAGCGAUUUUAUCCCAAAGGGGAUAUAUGCCAUCUGAAGAAAGUGGGAAACUCAUAGCUGCUGCUCUUAAUAUAAUGGAGUCUCUUCCUACUCUUUGUUCUCCUCAAGGAGCUGUAGCAAUUUUACCAACACUCCUGUAUUUAUCAACUGGAGUGAUCAGAGAAACUGCAGUGCGUACGGACAGUGAAUGCAAUAAGACAACAUCAGAUACACCAGUUCAUGCAGCUUUACAUUGUAUAAAAAGUCUUACCACAAAUAAAUAUGCAAAAGAUCAUAGAAGUCAGGAACAAUGGACAAGUCUUUUACAAAGUGCUCUUGCCAAAAUCAUCGAUCUGGCUAAAACCGGAAAUGAUGAAACGAAAAUGGACGAAGUGGCGAUGAUGUUAGGUAUUGCGGUAUUUGUUCUUCAUGCAUCGUCUGAAGUUGUGAGUGCACCGAAUUUACAAUUUCCGUGUAUAAAUCAUUUUAGACACGCUUUCCAGUCAGAAAACAUAAUGGUCAAAUUAAAAUGCGUUCAAACGUUGAGAACGAUAUUUUUACAUCCAGAUCGUGCAAUAAGCACUCCUUAUAUUCAUGCAUUAGCUCCAAGAUUAGUAGAAUAUCUAUAUAGUGAAAAGAGUAAACAGAUUACAACUGAUUUAGAAUUAUCUUUCACUUUGGAAUGUAUUAGCACAGUUGAAGCUCUUAUAGGACUUGCCGAUCUUUCACAUCGUAUACAGAUGUUGACUUUACUUGUGCCAAUCCUAAUUAAUUAUUUAUUAGAGGGAGAUCAACUACAACAUGCUUCCAAAUAUCAAUUAAGUCUUCAUCAACAAAGUUUUCAAUGGCUUAAUAAGAUAGGACCAAAAUAUCCCCAGGAAUUUAAGAUGUUAAUGUCUCAAUCUACAGAACUAAAAACUAAAUUAGAAAAUGCAGUGAGAUCCACUCACCAACAAGCACAAAGACAUACUAGACCAGUAGAUCUUGUAAAGCCACAGAUAAAAAUUUCUACACCAUCCAUCAAACUCAAAACAGAUUUCUCAAAUUUUAAUUGAAACUUUCUAUAAUCACAUUUGACAUGUUGUAUAUUUAUUAGGGAAAGAAAUGUAGUUUAUUUAUUUUAAUUAAAACUUUUAUAGCUUUAACAAUUAAAUAUAUGUUACAGUAACAAUACAAACAAAAUCUAGGCUUUUAUUUUUUAAACAAACAUUAUACUUUUAUAACAUGAAGAGUAAAAAAUAAGAUAAUGUAAAAAAUAGGACAUAAUAGUGUUUCUAAAUAAUAUACAACAUGUUAAAAAUAGUGCAUCUAAUCCUACUGAAUAAUAAUAUAUCAUCAUUGUAUUAGUUCAUUAGUUAACUUCCAUGCAUGACGUGUGGAACAGAUAUAAGAUAUAACUUGAUAUUAUGUGUAAGAUAAAAUAUUUUAAUUAUGAAAUUUUCAUAAAAAUUUCAUUAAUAUAA